AUGCGGGAGCUUGCCGGGUUUGCAGUUUCGGAGACUCGCAGGGAUUGGUUCCUGCGUACGAGGUCGUGGUAUAUCGAUGCCACGAUGCAGCAUUGGUUUUUCGCGUCCUGGCGUGACGCACUUUCGCAGCCGCGCGCUUUAGUUGCAUAUGAGCGGCUUUUGAAGAAAAACGGAAUUUCGCGUGAGGAGUUUGAUGCGGCGUACGGCGAUCGGGCACGGGUCGGCAGCAAGCGGACGACCCUCAAAGUGACUCCGAGCUUGGCGGAGCUGCGUGCGAAACAGACGGAACUGAAGGGCGAAAUUUCGGAGCGGCAGACGGACGAGCUUGUGCGGAACUCGGGCGGAAUCUACACUGCUUGCAAGGACGGAAUAGGCGCCCUGUGGUGCAACCAGUGCGCGGCGGCGCUUGGUGGAUCUUUGCGGGCCCUGCGUGCCCACCUCAAGUUGCACCAGGAAGACGACUUCGUCCGCAUCGUCGCGGAACGCGAUGGCUCCUACACACCGGCCGAGGAAUUCGCGUAUGGGAGGUCGGGCCAGUGUAUUCUGUCGAAAUACAAGCCAUCGCAGCGCUUUGUCCUUCCUCCGCAGCGGUUUCUCAACGGGGCAGAGGCGUCGAAGUUUAGCGCCCGACAGCUGAUUUGUCCGCACUGCGCGACGCACUCGAUAUCUUGGCCGCGCGAUUUCCAGAAGAAGGUUGGUGCGUCCCGACGCAUGAAGACGCACGAAAAGAAGUGCUGCGCGCAAAGAAAGCUCGAUUUGAAAUGCGAUCCGAUUCUUGAAGAAGAAGAUGAGAACGACACUAGUGACGUUGCGGAGAGUUGA